UCUCUUCCACCCCGUGAAACUAACCUCCGCUCCGACGUCGCGCACGUGGUUUCGUUUUCUCGCCAGUUACUCCUCUGCCGGCACAGUUUUUUGCACGGCAGCAGGCUCGGCAUGUUCCAGAGAGAUGAGCUUUCUUCACACUAUUUGUAAUUCUCUUCACCCUUCUUACGAAAUCUGCUCACAUCUGUCAUUUCAGAAAAUCUGGGAAGUUUGAAUGUCGCUCCAAAAUGAUAAAUGAACUCUUUCAAUCGCUCAGACAGAGACUAAAAAAAUGAAUCCUAAAACUAUUCUUCGUAUGUCAUAUGAAAAUGAGGAUUAAUCUAGUAACGAACCAAAAGUAGAUAUAACAUUGUGAGUACGUCAUGCCCCGCGCAUUUCUGAUUAAGAAACAUAGCCCCGGUAAAGAAGUGACGGGUGGAAAAGCAAAAUCAUUUAUUCCGGAAAAAUCAAAAUGUGAAAGGGAAACAGAUCCGGUCACUAAAAGAGCUUUUGUGGAUUUUUCACAGACAGAAACUAGAGGUCCAUUUGAUUUGAGUGUGAAGCCAAAGACGCCGGAUGUUAAAGAUGAGGAAAUUCCAUCACCAGAAACACCGUCUCCACCCACUGUCACACAGUUUUCACCAAAAAUAGUGAUUCCUAAUUACUUAACGCCGCCAAUAGGUGUUGCUUUGAUUGAUAGGAUAACGCCUUCACCUAGUCACGUGUUGAAACCUGUUGCACCUUUGGAAGCUCUUAAUUUUAGCACCUCACCUAAUUCCAGACCUGCAACUUGGACACGGCCGGUGUUUCCCUCGCCAUAUAUUCAAUUCCCUUUCCUAUCGUUUCCUCGUCCGGCACCAGAAUUCUGUAAUCCUACAGGCCCCUAUCUUGGAGGCACUGCUCUCGUCUCUUCUCCACCUCGCAUAGAAUUGUCUCCUUGUAUUCCCUCAGAACCAAGCGGCUAUGAGAAAUCUCCGCCUCAUUUGAAUAAUUUGGAUAUUCAUGUGAAAAAUCAUUCCUCAUUUCUCACACCAUGGAUUCACAAAGAGGGAUCCACCUCACCGAUAUCGAGGUCCGACAGCAGUGAAUCAGGAAGAGAAUCAGCAGGCAACAAAUACAAGCCUAUUGUUAGCAGUUCUACUGGAAAUUCGUGUUUAGCAACUCAAGCCCCGCGAUACCAGUGUGUCGACUGCAACAAAAGUUAUGCAACAUACAGCGGACUCUCUAGGCAUCGACAGUUCCACUGUAUCACACAGGCAAAAAAAGCAUUCAGUUGCAAAUACUGUGACAAAGUAUAUGUCUCACUCGGAGCUCUUAAGAUGCAUAUUCGCACUCACACAUUGCCAUGCAAGUGUUCUUUAUGUGGAAAAGCAUUUUCUAGACCAUGGCUGUUGCAAGGGCAUAUCAGAACCCAUACUGGCGAAAAGCCAUUUUCCUGUGUCCAUUGCAGUCGAGCGUUUGCAGAUCGAUCAAACCUGAGAGCACACCUACAAACACAUUCAGAUGUCAAAAAAUAUAAUUGCAAUACGUGUAGUAAAACAUUUUCGAGAAUGUCCCUCCUUCUGAAGCAUAAUGAUGGAGGAUGUGUUAACACUCGAUCGAACUUGCGCAUGUUCCAAUAAACUUAAGAAAAUCUGUGUUUUAAUUGUUAUAAAUAAUAGCAGAUAAUAAAGAGGAAGCACGGGUGCCUCCUCCUUUUUAUAAAGAGGUAUUGAUAAAAUGUAUGUUCCAAUUAAAACUCUUGCUUUAUGAAUAUCAUCAGUGCAUCCUUUCACAAUCCCUUCGAAAAAUGUUUCCUGAUUUAAUAUGAUAUUUUGAUAUUUUGCUCAAAGCUCAGCCAAAGAUUAAAAAAAAUAACAGAUUUAUUACAGAUUUUUUAAGUGUUUCUUGUCUUGAAAUUAAAAUAUGCUAGUGUCUGAUAGAAAAGGUGGGCUUGAGAGUUUUGUUCAGAAUCACCAAGUGUUUUUUAUUUACUAUAUAAUCACACUCUGCCAAAGAAAUCUACUACAUAAGACGUGUGUGCUAGAAAAAAAAAGAAGCAACGUUCGUAUACCUCCUGACGGCUACUUUGCACGCCGCUAGUGAAUGGAAGUAUUAUUGUGGCGUACAUUUUAGUAUCUUCGCUUACUGCUUCUAUACUUACAUCAAUUUCUGAGCAUUAAAAAGGUACUUCACAUGCCUUCCUAGUUAGAAAAUAUGAAAACAUUUACUAUAUAAAAUGUAAUGAGGUUGCAGUCUAGUUAGUUUCGUAAUGGAUAGUAAUUAUAAGUUUAAAUAUGCCGUCGUCUCUUACUCAAAAGGAAAAAAUUUCUUAAUCCUUUGCCAACACUUAAAGAAGCUUCCUUUUAUAUAUUUACCUAUAAUUUAAUUUAUCAUCAGUUGAUUCCGCUGUUACAAAUUAAAGAAUUUUGUACGGUUAAUUGCACUAAAUAUAAAAAUAUUUACUUCGGUAUAAAUAUCUUCCCUUCACUAUAAGCAUAGAAUGUAUGAAACAUAGUAGAAAAUAAUUAAAAUGAAAUUGUUCUUAAUCACUUCGUAAAAGAUUUGUUGUUAAGAGCAGAAGUUUUAAAAGCCUAUAGGCACAACUGUUUCAUUUCAUAUUAAUUAUUCCAAAAGAAAUUCUCAUUUUGUUAGAUAAAAGAAUUUGAUUUAGUUGAAAUCUUGAAAAACCAUUAUCAAAUGCUUUCAUCACAUACACUUGAUUUCCUUAGACAAUUAAUUAGUGACAUGAAUUAACAGAUAUCUCUCCCUCUCAACAAGUUUAGAAAAUAUAGAUUCAAAUGAUUUCUAAUACAUAUUCUAGAAUAUAGUUUAAAAUUUGAAAGGAUUAAUCUGAAAUUGUAAAGUUACUCAUUACUCGUAAAAAGAUAUGGCAACAAACAAAAUAUGCAGAACAACUUUUAAAAGCAGUAUUCAGUCGUUACUGCAUUAUUUGCCGCCGACGGACGGAUCUUUUAAAGCACAGUCGCCUUAGCUAGAGUCUGCUAUGUGCAAAUUUGCUCUCAUGAAUCACAUUAACUUUACCAUAACACUGUUGGCUACCUGAUAUAUUUUCUUGAAAAAUUAAUUUAGUAAUUAAUUUGUAGAGUCCCACUUGUUUUGUAACAUACGUCUAAGUCGAGACUCCUGUGUAGACGUAAAUGACUUAUCGCUAUGUCUAGAUAAGCAAACAGAAACGUAAGAAUGUAAAAGACCCUUUUAUUAAGAACUCAGAUAUGAUGAAUAGAAGACAUUUCCUGUACAAACCAGCCAGCAUUUAUAGCGUGAACUCAAAAGGUAGAAUUUUAAAUUAAAACUAAACCUUAGUUGGCCAAAAGCUAUGCGGAGAUGGUUAAACGCACAGGUUGGCUUUUAACCUACACUGUCAUGACAGCACUUUUGUCAAGAUUAAAUAAACGCCGUAAACAGAAACGAUUAUCGUAGACUAACAACUUGUAACACGGCCGUUUAUAAGCAGAACGCUCUGACUAAAACACUCUCAAACUCUCACUUAAAUACACACGAGGUAAAAAUUGCAGAAAAACGGAGAGAGAGAAGUGACAGUAAAAUUUCGUAUCAUAAAAUAACAAGUUAAUUAACAUAAAUACCUUACAAAUUUAUUAUAUCAACCUUUUUAAUUGAAUCGCUAUAUGUGAUGGAGAAGAUAUUGCUUGCACAGGAACAUAAACGUUUUAAUUAAUCUGCGGCUAAGUAUAUCAUCUACAACUAAAAUUAAUAAUUUAAUUAAAACUUCUCGAAAUGUUCGCAGAAGAAUACGAUCACAUUUACCAGGAGUACAUUAUGAACAUUGUAAGUUCAUAAUGUAAGCGAUGAAAUCUUACCAUGACUUAAAUAAAACUUUAUUUAGAGUAGAAUAGUUUUCCAUUUUAUAGGUACCACUUUAGCGCUACUAUAACUCUCCAAUGAUAGAAAUAAAGGGUGGCUGGGCAAACAAUUCUCAGCUUGACCAUUAUUAUUAUUAUAAUGCUCAAACUGAGAAUUCUACAGUACACAAUACUGUAUAUGAAUUCUACUACUGGCAGGUAAUUUACUGUAACAAAAGAAACGAGGACUCUCUACCUGGGCAGGAAUGCUUUUAUGAAAGGAAUAAACAACCAGUAAACUGGCUAAGUAUUGCUGGGUUUGAAUGCUUGGCCGGCUUUAAGUUAAUACAAUUCAAUAACUGCAAAAUUAAAAAAAUACAUAUUUAUAUUUUUAUACACAAGUCCAAAUAAAAAUUUCUAUAUGCUAAACUUCGCAAAACUGAACCCUAAAUAUAACUGAACUAUAAACUGAACUAUAGCUAUAACUGAAUUGCAAACUGAACUAUAAAACCUUUUUAUAUAUAUAUAAUCUCUUUUUAACAGCAGUACUUGUUUUAUUCUCCACUGCAUCUCGCAUUAAAACAACUCAAACUAGCCUGAAACAAAACUGACAAUAUGCUAUUCAACUGUAUUAAAAAGAAUGACAACAUGAUGUAAUGAAUGAAUCAACUUGUGAAUACAUAAAUCAGCUUAUCGUCAUUGCAAUUAACUGAAAUACAAUGAAUGAUUUGUAAAUAAAUAAAUUAGCUUAUCAUCAUUACAAUUACCUGCAAAUUAAAUACGUCCGAAAAAAAUCUUUAUUAAAAACGAAUAAAUGUGAACUAAAUUUAUACGAAAUUUUUUAAUAAACGAAAGUAUUUUGAUGCAAAUUUUAGGUAGAAUUUACUUUUUGAAUAAUGUAAGAUUAUCUUGUGCAAAAUGACGAUUUGCGUCUGUAUUUUAGACAUCCUAAAAGAUGUGCAGGAACUGAAUAAGACAGCAAUAACUUAACAAUAAUAUCAUUUUAAAGCAUAUGAAAUAAAUCAGUUGAUUUAAAUCAAGACGUAAGCAGGAUCUUUGCGUAAUAGAACAACGUGCCAAAUUAUUAGUUUGAUUAGGUGUUUACAAGAGCAAAUAAGUUUAUUCACAUUUUCUUACUUAUUAUACCUACACUCAAUAACGAAAAUGUGCCAUAUUACCAUUACUGCUCAGAAACCGUUUUAUAUUUUUAUAAGCUACUGUUGUUCAGAACAAUUUAUUGCAGAUACUUUGUUUAUAAAUCCAACUUUUGUAUAUAUAUAUAUAUAUGUGUGUGUGUGUGUGUGUAUCUGUGUGUAUGUUCAUGUUAAAGUAUUUCUGAUGUAUAAUGCUGUUAGAAUUAUUUGCUGUAUAUUUGUCACUGAGCCAAGAAUGUUUAUAAUAACUUUUUUAUCAACAGUUUCAAUUAGCGUGCAAGUGCUUAUCUUUGCUUGAUAAUUUUACGCAGUUUUGGAAAGUAACUUAAAAAUGUAUCUAGUCUUUUUUUUUUUUUUUGUUUUUGAUUUCUUCUGUAUGUGAAAAAGUUGUGCCAUAUGUAUCGUUUCUUAUUUUUUCUUCGUAUGGCAGUCUUUGUUCAUAAUUUCUUUGCACGUAAUGAUCUACAUUUGUGGAAAUGAAACGUAUUCUAGUUCUAUCCUUUGUUUAUACGCCCCCAUUCUCCCUCUCUCCAAAAAGUAUUUUUUAGUUUUGAGUUACUAUACUUCAUUUCUGUAAAUAAUAAAUUUGUUUCUCAUCAAAUUUCUUAUGAAAUCAUCCACAUAAAAAUUAAGAAAAAAAGUCCUUAUAACUUUUCGAUGCAUGGAAAAUAAAAAAAAUAAUUGCUUUUUUUUUCCUAAAUCCUUUAUAGGAGUGACAGAUGAAUCCACAUUUAGUUAAGUAAAUGAAUCUUUCAGUAAUGUCAUAACAGCUCAUUAUGUUAUCGAAACAAAUAUUUAAAUUUCUCACUAAAUAUUUUCAAAUAUUAAAAUUUAUUGCCUUUGAAAAGAGCAAAAUUUGUCUUAGGUAGUUCAGUGCUCCACUACUUCAUAAAUCUUGACUAUUACGAAAUUGACUGAAAACAUUAUAAAUUUACAAUAACUGUAAUGUUGGGUGUAAUUUCUAAACUUUCAGACAGCAGAAAGUUUGAAAACAAGGAUAGGGCUGAAAAUGAUAACAUUUAAAAUGAAUAUGCGGGAUAUAGAUUUUGUUUAAAUGCAGUAUAUAGUAUUUUAACUAUAAUUUACAAUGGCCUUUUUUUCUGUUAUGACUGUAAUUACCUUAUUAAAGUAAUGCGUUUUAAAUUUAACAGAAGUGCUUCAAAAUACACAAACAUUCUGCACCUUGGAACAGAUACUCUUUUACCUCGAAUCAGAUAAAGAGAUGUGAGCUAAAAAUGCAGCAUAGCGCAAAAAUUAAUUAUUAAAAACAACAUAUCGUGUGUUUGCCAAACAAAAACAUUUUUAUUUGACACACUAAUUUGCGAAAACCACCUGAAACCUUAGUUAUCCUUUUACACGUACUGACUUGUGCAUUCGACUGAGAGAGGAAAUUUUAACAAGAUCAUUAACAUAGAAUAUUUCUGAAGAAUGAUAAAUUUGCUGCUUUCCUCAUUGAAUCUUUCUUCAGUCCGUUCAAAACAGAAAUAUGAACUCAAACCUACGUAGCUUUUUAGUUAUAACUUUACCAGCAUAAUUAUUCAGCUCAUUCUUUUUUAACUCAAUCAACAUCGUAUGCCAGUCUUUUAAUUUCUUUGUAUUCUUAAACUUCCAGAAUUUCUUUGUCGAUGGUAUUUAUCAAUGUCAAGUCAUUUCUUCCUUAUCAACUAAAUUUCAAAACAGUAUACUUUCAUAAACUCAAAAACUAUACUACAGCAAAUGAAGUUACAGCCACAAAGUAAUUAACUACUUAGUCGUUUAGACCCAAAAUCAUGAUAAAAAGUAAAAAAUUUAAAGGCAUUAAAAUAACCUUUCUUCACAAUUAAAUAAUAGCUACCAUUGUUACUGUGCAUAUAAACUGAACAUUAUAUCCUAAUAUAUGUGUUUAAUAACUACGAUAAUUAAGCUGAUUCUAUAUAUAGUAGGACAAACUGGAAAUGCGACAGCUAGUACUACACCUAGUUCAAGGUACUAGUAUAAGUAGAGAAUAGCGAGAAAGUAGAGAAUGCGACAGCUAGUUCAAGGUACUAGUAUAAGUAGAGAAUAGCUUCUGUUAUAUGUGAUUAGGAUACUGUCAUUUGAUGAGCAUAAUUUAAAGACUAGUUAAAUACUUUAAUUCUCCCAAGUAAUUAUCAUUCCUUAAGCUUUGAUAGACGAGAAUGCCGCUAACUGACUUAAAAGUAUGUUCGAGUUGUUAUUUCGGAAGUAACUGAAAUAAUUUAGUCACAGUAUGACUUAGUCAUAGCCUGCGGAAAAGUACUUUUUCGGACAACAGUGCUUUUCAAUCUUCUUUACUAUGUGUAUACUUAACGAUGAUAUUUUUAUUGCAUAUUUAAUCUUAAAAUAAUGGCGUUAUUUUAAGAUGAAAAUGGAAUCAAUUUUUUUAAAAGCUUACCUCUUAUUUUUCCUUUUAUUGGCUCUGCGAUUAUUGUCCUCAGUGAGCUUUAAGACAUUAUUUUUUUAAUAUUGCUUCUUCUGAUAAAAAAGAAAAUCAGUAAUUUCAACUCUUACUUGAUUUAAAACUUUUCUUGCUCAAUAUAAAGACUUAUGACUUUGAAGUGGAACAAAAUAUUCCUCAUAAUUUCACUUCUAUCAGGUGUAAGCUUGACUACCACACUGUUAAGGAAGUUCGGGACAUCCAGACAAAUGGAAAACGGUAUUUUGGUUAGGUUUUCAAAAAAGAAAGCUCCCUCAUGUUUUGUAAUUUUUUGAGAAAUCACAUGAAAAAUAGAUGUAAUGGAUUAUUUUUAACACAUACAAAGUGUGUUUUAAACGAAGUAAUGACAAUAAAUACAACAGUAAAUGCAGUAACAUUUUAGAAAACGGGCGCUGACUUCUUGAUGACGAAGUAAUAAGCCAACUGUACAACUGCUACUGUAUGCUAAUUUUCUUGUAUCGUGAAUUCAAAUGUUACUACACACUUAUUUUUUAGCUUCUUACAAAAUUAUUUCUCAAAUUAAAAAAAAAAUUAUGUCUUAAAUUAUGUAAAAGCAUUGGUUAUUGUUUAAUUGUCUCUAGAUGAUAUGUAAUGCGAUUAUUCUGUACAAAUUUGUGAAAAUAUAUUGUAUUCGUUUCUUUAUAGCUUCAUAUAUUAUAAUGUUGAUUGUUAUUUGAACUGUUGUUAUUGGUGUAUGUUUCAUUCACUUAAUGCAGUCUGUUGACUGUGUUUAAGAGUUCAUCAUUGUGAACGAAAAACGGAAAAAAUCAUAUUGCAAAUGUUAAAUAAAUAUCACCUUUUACCAAA